AUGUAUCAAUCUUACGAACUCAAUACAUUUAGUGCGCAACCAACCCAACCCAUCGUUCCACAGUACCUAGAUACAGAUGAUACGAAUGAUGGGCUAAAUGUAGCUACUCUAGGUGAGGAGUUACAACAAAAGGUAAAUAUGGCAAGACAAGAAACUAAAAAUCUUUAUUCACAAGUCGAUAAAGUGAAACAUAGUCUUCGAGAUGCUAAUCUUUUUCAGAUGGCGAAUAAUGUACAAUCUUUAGAUAGUGGUACUAUUAAUCUAAGCCCAACGAUAACCUUAAAGGGUCAUAAUAAUAAAAUUGCAGAUUUUAGAUGGAGUAGAGAUUCUAAUUCCAUUGUUAGUGCAAGUCAGGACGGUUUUUUAUUAAUUUGGGAUAGUGCUACUGGUUUGAAAAGAAAGGCCAUACCGUUAGAUUCUCAAUGGGUACUAUCUUGUGCUAUUUCACCUAACGGUAAAUUAGUUGCUAGCGCUGGGCUGAAUAAUAACUGUACUAUUUACGGAGUUUCUGGUGAUGCAAUGAUACAACAAAAUGUACAAACAAUUUUCAAAGGUCAUACUUGUUAUAUUUCGGAUGUUGAUUUUCUUGACGAUUCAAAUGUUAUUACAGCCAGUGGAGAUAUGACAUGUGCCUUAUGGAAUAUUCCUAAGGCUAAAAGAGUACGAGAAUUUACUGAUCAUUUAGGUGAUGUCUUAGGUUUGGCAAUAUCUCCAGAAAGAGGUAAUCAAAAUAUAUUCAGUAGUUGUGGUUCUGAUGGGUAUGCAUAUAUAUGGGACUGCAGGACUCCUGGUGCGACACAACAUUUUUUUGUUAGUGAUUGUGAUGUUAGUACAAUAAAAUUUUUUAAAGAUGGGCAUUCUAUUGUUACCGGAAGUGAUGAUGGUACUAUUAAUAUUUUUGAUUUGAGGUCAGAUUGUCCCAUUGCGUCGUAUUCUUUGCAAGAGUCAUUAACCACAAUGAAGGAACAGCCUACGUAUACCGCAAGCACUAUGGAAUAUCGUAAAAGUGUCACUUCACCUACAUCUACAGCUGUCAGUUCUAGUUUUUUCGAUAAUCAAGGUGUUACAUCUAUUGAUUUUAGCUCUUCUGGUAGAUUAAUGUAUGCUACAUAUACAGACUUAGGAUGUGUGGUUUGGGAUACUUUAAAGGCUAAUGUAGUUGGUAAAUUGGAGGGACAUCUUGAUAGAGUAACAAGAGUGAGAUCUAGUUAUGAUGGAAUGGGCGUAUGUACAGGUUCAUGGGAUACUACAUUAAGGAUAUGGUCGCCAAAGUGA